CUGGUCUAAGGGGAGAUGACUGCAUUCCUCCAAUCUGAGAUAAGAGCUAUGGACAGAAAGGAAUAUUUAGGACGAUGAUCUGCUAGGAAACGCUCCUAUAAAUUAAGCUUAUGUUGCAUUCUCCUAUUAAACCUGGAAAGCGAGAAAAAUCUGAUAAUAGCACUGACUGUUAAUACAGUUUCAUGACUAUUGUGCAGCUGAAUUGAAUAAAAAAGAUAUUAACGUAUGGCAAAACAAACCUAUGAGACAGGAGGAUGAUUCACAGACAAUAUUUGCAGAAAAAAAUAUUUUUGGCCAAGACUAAAUCCGUGAUUGGGCUCUGGCUUCGUGAUAACGCCUCACCCCUGACCCUUCCCGCUUCUGUUCACGUAAAACUAUGCGCGCUGGUAAUGAAAUUAUCUCCUAAUCACAAUAACGCCAUGCAACAUCUCCUCUUCCUGUUCGAGGCCACCCUGAGACUGCUGGCCCCGUAUUUAUCGACCAAUCGGCUGGUCGGAUGAAAAAAAAAAAAAUACGAGAACAGGCUCCACCGGAGUCGCGCAUCGUGCGGGGCUUCACUCGGAGGAGGCGCAGCUGCGACAUCGGCGAGGCGGACGCGACCGCGAUGCUGCAGUGAAGGAAGCGCGACCUCGCGGCUGUACGCAACAAUAACGUCGAAGAAUGAGCGCGAUCAAGGCCGGACACGACGGCAGGGCGGACGGAGGCAGGAGCAGCCUCCCCGACAACGACGGCGGCUCCCCGAGGCUCCAGCAGUGCGCGCAGCCGCCCACCAGCGGCGGCGGCGGCGGCGGCAGCGGCCGGACCAAAGAUGCCCGGUACCAGCAGCAGCUCCUGCAGCAUCGGCACCACGGCGGGUCGAUGCUGAAGCAGCCGUCCCACAACGAGCCGGCCGACGUGGUGCGGCGGGCGCUGGACUUCAAGAGCCAAGGCACGCAGUGCUACAAGGAUAAGAAGUACCGGGAGGCGAUCGGCAAGUACCACCGCGCGCUGCUGGAGAUCAAGGGGCUGUGCAGAGUGCUGGGGGACCCGGACGCCGGCUCCAAGUCCCCGUCCCCGCUGCUGCCCACCAUCAGCAAGUCCAGCACGCUGACGGACGAGCAGAAGGGGGCCAUGGAGAAUGCGGAGCUGGAGUGUUACAACAGCCUGGCCGCCUGCCUUCUGCAAAUGGAGCUGGUGAACUACGAGAGAGUCAAGGAAUACUGUCUGAAAGUACUGCACAAGGAAGGGAAGAACUUCAAAGCGCUGUACCGCUCCGGCGUGGCCUACUACCACCUGGGAGACUUCCAGAAGGCGCUCCACUACCUGAAGGAGUCGCACAAACAGGAGCCGUCAGACACCAAUGUCAUCCGCUACAUCCAGCUGACAGAGAUGAAGAUCCGCCGGAGCGCCCAGCGGGAGAAGAAAGAGGCCACAUAGGCGCCCGCUCCUCACCUGUCCCGCGCAUUAACCCACUGUGUGCCGCCCGGCGUGGAGCGCCACCAUGUUUGCUUUCGCCUCGCACCGCAUCCCGCCGCCGGCUGUGAUUGAGCUUCGUCCGUCGCGUGCCCGGAGCGCCCUUUUUCCGGCUUCACCUUUUCCAGCGUGAGUGUUUUAAAGCGUUUUCCAAACCGAUGCACUGCCGCGCCAACGCCCGUGAUGGAGCCAGGAGCGCCUGGUGUCCGCUGAGGCACAGGUGCCAACAGCUUCGAUUUUUAAAAGUACAUGAAACAUUUUUAUACUUUCAGCUCUAUGUGAAUUAAAGGUGCUGUACCGUGCGUAGGUGGGUUUCUAAUUCCAAAAGCGUCGUGGAGGACACGUGGGUGCCGCUAGUACGAGACAUAUCACAACCUGUAAAUAGGCUAGUUUCUAGAAAUCUAAUGGAGAGAUGUUUGUGUUUAUCGAAGCCAAAAGAAGCACUUCACUCACAGCAUUUACUGUGUCGACUACUACUGUGUGUUUACUCUUAAGGUAUGCUUGUAAAAAUGUAUCUGUGGAUUGAAAUAUUUUUUGUGGUGCCGCCGCAGUGGAUUCCUUCCCACGCCCCCAUGUUUCCCCCCUCUUGUUAACGCGUAAGCUCAGAUCUAUGGACACAGUUGGAUGAAAGCACACGUGUAAAUAAAGAAGUCAACCAGA